GGCGGCGCUGCCCUUACAUAAGGCGUGACGCCAAGGGGCGGCCCGUGACGUCACGGCCGUGACGCAGCCCGGGGGCGGCGGGAGGGGCCCGGCCCGCCCCGUGCCGCCGGGGCCGGGGCUGGAGCUCGGGGGCUCCGCCGCCCCCUGCCGCCCCCCGCCGCGCCAUGGAGCUGGAGAACAUCGUGGCCAACACCGUGCUGCUGAAGGCCCGCGAAGGUGGCGGCGGCAAGCGCAAAGGCCGGAGCAAGAAGUGGAGGGAGAUCCUGCGCUUCCCCCACAUCAGCCAGUGCAACGAGCUGCGGCGAGGCCUGGAGCCCGACUACGGCAGCCUGUGCGAGAAGCAGCCCAUCGGGCGCCUGCUCUUCCGACAGUUCUGCGAGACGCGGCCGGAGCUCCUGCGCUGCAUUCGCUUCCUGGACGCUGCGGCGGACUACGAGCUGGCCCCGGAUGAGAAGCGCAAGGAGAUGGGCGAGGAGAUCAUCCGCAGGUUCCUGCACCAGGAGUCCCCCGAUUACCUGCCCGAGAUCAGCCAGGCGCACGUCAGCCGGUGCCUGGAGGAGCUGCAGAAAAGCCCCUGCAAAGAGCUCUUCAGCAGCUGCCUGCACCCCCUGCGCCAGUACCUGAGCAGGGCGCCCUUCGCUGACUACCUGGACAGCAUGUACUUCGACCGCUUCCUGCAGUGGAAGUACCUGGAGAGGCAGUCGGUCACCAAGGACACGUUUCGGCAGUACCGGAUCCUGGGCAAGGGCGGCUUUGGAGAGGUGUGCGCCUGCCAAGUGCGCGCCACGGGGAAGAUGUACGCCUGCAAGAAGCUGGAGAAGAAGCGGAUCAAGAAGCGGAAGGGGGAGGCGAUGGCCCUGAACGAGAAGCAGAUCCUGGAGAAGGUCAACAGCCGCUUCGUGGUGAGCCUGGCCUACGCCUACGAGACCAAGGACGCGCUGUGCCUGGUGCUGACCAUCAUGAACGGCGGCGACCUCAAGUUCCACAUCUACAACAUGGGCAACCCGGGCUUCGAGGACGAGCGCGUGGUCUUCUACGCGGCCGAGAUCUGCUGCGGCCUCCAGCACCUGCACCAGGAGGGCAUCGUCUACAGGGACCUGAAGCCAGAGAACAUCCUGCUGGAUGAUGAUGGCCACAUCAGGAUCUCCGACCUGGGGCUGGCGAUCAAGAUCCCCGAGGGCGAGACGAUUCGGGGCCGCGUGGGCACCGUGGGCUACAUGGCCCCCGAGGUGAUCAACAACGAGCGCUACACCUUCAGCCCCGACUGGUGGGGCCUGGGCUGCCUGGUGUAUGAGAUGAUCGCGGGGCAGUCGCCCUUCCGCGCCCGCAAGGAGCGGGUGAAGCGGGAGGAGGUGGAGAAGCGGGUGCAGGAGGAGCAGGAGCACUACUCGGAUAAAUUCAGCGAGGACGCCCGGGCCAUCUGCAUGCUGCUCCUGGCCAAGGACCCCCAGCAGCGGCUGGGCUGCGGGGCGGACGGGGCCGCCGAGGUGAAGCGCCAUCCCUUCUUCAGGACCAUCAACUUCAAGCGCCUGGAGGCCGGCAUCACGAAGCCCUCCUUCGUGCCAGAUCCCCGGGCCGUGUAUUGCAAGGACGUGCUGGACAUCGAGCAGUUCUCCACCGUGAAAGGCGUCAACCUGGACCAAGCCGACAACGAUUUCUACGCCAAGUUUGCCACCGGCAGCGUCUCCAUCCCCUGGCAGAACGAGAUGAUCGAGACCGAGUGCUUCAAGGACCUCAACGUCUUCGGACCCAACGGGACGCGCUCCCCGGACCUGGACUGGAGGCAGCUGCCCGAGCCCCCCAAGCGCAGCCUCCUGCAGCGCCUCUUCCGCCGCCACCCGGCCGACUGCCCCAUCGGUGCCCCCGUGCCGUCCCCGCAGCCGGCAGCCACGAACUCGCACCUCCCCGCGGCCGGCGCCGCCUGCCAAGCCCGGAGCACGGCACCGGCACCGUCCUGACCCUGCUCCUCCGUCCCCGGGGACCCCCCGAGCCCCCUCCUCACCCCCUCCUCGCCGUCUCAGGGCCACCUCGGACCGGGGCCGGGGUCUCGCAGAGGAGAGGUUGGGACAGAGGCUGCCAGGGGCUGGCGCGCGCGGUGGCCGAGGGGCGCAGGGGGGAAGCGGAUCCCAGCCCCUCUCCCCCAGCCCCCCAGCUGCCUGUUUUUUGGGGGUCAGCACCUGCCGAGGGCACCCUGGGGGCUCCUCUCCCCCCACCCCAGGGCUGGGUGCAGGUGCCGUGAGCGGCAGCACCCAUUUUUGCUGCGUUUGAGCCCGGGGCAGUGCCGGCCUUAUCUUAUCGCCAGCUCCGAGCGUGACCUCUGCGGGCGCGGGGGGGCCGCGGGUUUAUCUGAGCUCUCCAAAUAGAAACAAAGCAGCCUUGGAGCGGGGGGGCUGGGAGCACCCCGGGGUCCUACACGGGCUGGGGAUGUGGGGAGGGACCUUCUGGGGGGGGCACAGCCUCGUCCCCCCUUCCUUGAGCCACCGACGGCCACCAGAAUGUGAAACGGGCUCAGAAAAGGGAAUUUUUGUGCAGGGGGCAGCAGCGCACGGGGUGGGGGGGUGCUGCCAACGUGGGGCUGGGCCCCACAGCACUGGGGGGGGGCAAGGACCCCGUGCAGAGCCGAGCCCCCCAGCAGAGACGUCCUUUAUUUUUGUACGGUGCGCGGGGGGGCCCCUCCACUCCCCCAGCUCCUGCGCCUCGGGUUUGCGUUCGGUUUGGGUUUUGUACAUUUGUAAAGAGCUGUAAAUAUUUGUACGCUGA